GGGGAGGCUCAAGACGUUAAACCUCCAACACUGAUGUCAGAAUCCGAGCUGAAUGGCGGAGAGGAUGAAGAGGACUUGGACGAUGCUUUGGACGAGGCACCGGACGCAUCGGAUCUUGAACCACUAAAACGCCCCUUCGAAAACUACGAUGGAGACGUUUUUUUAAUUUCCCCACAAAAUACUUCAACCUACAGUGAAAUGCAAAUUCAAGACUCCUACAUCGACGAAGGCCCCGAGGAGGAUUCUGAGGAGGAAAGCAGAAUUGAAGAUACUCAAAACAACGCUUUUGAGGCCUCGAGUAGAACUCAGCACAAAUAUUAUCCUCCCGAGUACUACAGGGAACCCUAUGCACCUCAAUUCCUAGAAGGCGCCAGAGAACGAAGUCGCUCUGCACCGCGACAGUACAAUGCAGAAGAGGCAAGACAGCCAGUUUUUGAACCUCUCAUAUCUCCGGAAAGGGCUUACACCGUAUCCUAUGAUAAGCAUCGCACAGAACCGCCGCCUGUUUACGAUAACAGGUUGCUGUAUCAACCGGAAUUCGGUGAAAGCGAUCGCCAGAAAGCAUCACAAUCACGUAAACCCAUGUAUAAUGCACCCGAAAAGCCACAGAUGACCACAAUCAACUCAUACGAAAAACGAAAGAACCAGGUGGAUGAGUAUUGGCGAGAGGAGGAGAGGAAAAAACAAAUGUAUGAUAGCCAAAAUACGUACAGACGUCAGUCAUCCACUGAACAGAACGGAGAAUGGAGACAGAGCGACUGCACUUACGACUCCAUGGGAAGACUAGUGAACUGUCUACCCGGAGCUUCAAACAGCUACAACUCUUACGACACCAUCUCGAUGAAUGUGCCCCCUUCGCCUCCACUAUCAUAUCCUUCGACUUCAAAUGAGAGCGUCGUCAAUGCAGAGGCUGAAGCUAAGAAAGCGGAAUCAGAUGCAGAGCACGACGCAUUUCUCCGUGCCAAUCGUGUACGACUGAGCGCACCGCGUUGGCCAGUGCGUAACAUGGACUUACUAGGGCCCUACCCAAAACAUUCUGCCUGCCGUUUGCCGCCAGAGUGGGGUGUCGGACCAGAGGAGCGCUCUGCUUGGUUUUUUUCACAACCAGAUGGCCGAUGUCUCUGGUUUUCCUACAAUGGUCACGGUGGAAAUGCAAAUAGGUUCUACUCGAGGGCCAACUGCGAGUCUCUGUGUGUCUUUGAUCAAUUUGACCUCUGUAAGAACGCCAGGUGUAGUUACCCGGGCAGCCACUGCAUGCUGAGAGGCGACGAACGCUGCAAGAUCUACGCGAAGAGUCAUGGCAAGGAUCCUGGGAACGAAUGUCCUCCCGACCAGCCAGUGUGCCGUGCUCGUCGUGCUAUCAUCCCUCCUGAAUACAAUACGGAGCUGAUUCCAGAGGAGUGUAAGGAACAAGUGGACACGGGUGGAUGUUUGGUGAAGAAUCCUAAAAUCCGCUACCAUUACGAUGCUCGUUCAAACACAUGUCGUGCCUUCUACUUCCAUGGCUGCGGUGGUAACAACAACCGCUUUGAGAGUAUGCAAGAAUGCAUGAAUCACUGUGCCCUUUAA